AUAUGUCUUUUUCCUUUAGAGUCUUCAGAUGGAUUUUAAAAUUGAACAUACUUGGGAUGGUUUUCCAGUGAAGCAUGAGCCAGUGUUUGUCAGGCUGAACCCAGGUGACAGAGGAGUGAUGAUGGAAGUUAGUGCUCCAUUUUUCAAUGACCCUCCAGCUCCACUUGGAGAACCAGGAAAGCCUUUCAAUGAACUGUGGGAUUAUGAAGUUGUGGAAGCAUUUUUCUUGAAUGACCUAACCGAACAGUAUUUAGAAGUUGAACUUUGUCCCCAUGGACAGCAUUUGGUGCUUUUACUCUCUGGAAGAAGAAAUGUGUGGAAACAGGAACUUGCUCUGUCAUUCAAAGUGUCCAGAGGAGAGACCAAAUGGGAAGGCAAAGCUUGCCUUCCUUGGAGUUAUUUUCCACCAAAUGUGACAAAAUUCAAUUCAUUUGCAAUUCAUGGAUCAAAAGAUAAAAGAAGCUAUGAAGCUCUUUACCCUGUACCUCAGCAAGAAGUGCAACAAGGACAAAAGCCUGAUUUCCAUCGCCUGGAAUACUUCAAGCCUUUCGAUUUUAACUCACUGCUUGGAGAAGAAUGGAAACAACCAGAAUCAGACCUGUGGCUGAUAGAGAAACCUGAUAUAUAGGAGUGUAGUAGAUGACCAUAUCAAUCAUUUCUUCUCUAUACCUUUUAAGGUAAACUAAUAAUAAGUAUAAUCUCUUUCAAGAUACCAUGAACACAUUUCAACAACAAAUAUUUUCAUAGAGCUCAGUGAAAAUAUAGUAUCUCUGUGGCAAAUUGUGUAUGAACAAGAAAAUAUAAAGUUUGUAGAUGAUUUUAUCUACAAAGUUAAACUGUUUUCUCAGUCACUUAAUCUAGGAGCCAUCAUGUCAAUGAGUUCUACUGUAUGCCUUGCAUCACCGUCACCCCAAAUAUCCCUGACUCUGUCAACCAAAAUCAUUAUUUCUCUUCCCACGUCCCUAAACCUCAGCCAGCCUGAGGCUGGAACAUCUUAUUUGCACAUUUUUGAGCUCCGUGUAAUAGACAAUAAUUCCUUACUUGGAAUCUUCUGUUCAUUCUUGAAAUGAGUAGAAAACAAUGACCUAUUUCAGUUGAACAGGACAUCUACAUCUGUUAAGGCAUUAUUAAGAUACAUGUGUUAUUUAACCAACAGUUUUUUCAGUCUUAUGAUUAUUUUUACUCUGUAGAAGGAAAUGGAAUGAAAUAGUCUUGAAUUCGAGCAACAGAUUCUGCUUUUAUUUACAAAUAAAUGACAUUUUCUUAAUGCUGUUAAACAAGAUAUCAAAAUGUCUUCAUUUUAUUUUGUAAACAUCAAAUACUCCUGAUCUAGAAUUUUCAAAUUCUGUGUGAUAAUAUAGUUCAGAGCUUGAAGUUAUCUAGUAGAUAGAUCAUCUAUGAACUCCUCCACCAAACCUGAUCCUUCCACCAGCAUUCUUAACUCAGAGAUUAGCAGUCUUGCAGAAGAACCUUUGUUACUUGUACAGAUACCUAGUUGUCUACCCAACAAUAUACUUUCUCCUCUCCUUUAUGAACAGAACUUGAGUUUUUAGGGGCUCUGCUCAAAAACUACAUUUUCCCAGAUUCCUUUGCAGAUAGAAAUGACACUAUAAAACAGUUUAAGUCAAUGAGCUAUAAGUAUACAGUGUUAGGUGGGGCUUCCAGAAAAGAGGCUUUAAAGAUGAAAGACUCAUCUUUCCCUUACCUUUGCUCCUUUGCCCUCCCAUCUUCCUUUUUCCUGAGUUGCAGAAUUGAUAUCUGAGGUAACACUAGUUACCUUGUGUCAAUGAAGAGACAACCCAGGGAUAGCUGAGUAGCAAGACAAAGGACCCUGGGUUCCAAACAGUGCAAUAGAGUAAUAGUAUGUCAUGUCUGGACUGCCUGCUUAGAGACUUCUUUAGACAGGAGAAAAUAAACUG